GACCCAACUCACCUCCUGCACUGUCACAUGUCACAUAACAUCGCUGGUUAGCACAGGAGACGUAUACCUCGUCGGCCUCUAUAUUUAGAUGUCUAACUUGCGUAAACAAAUCCUUUCGCGUCCCUCGGAGAAAAUCGAAAUCAUCGCAGUAGCCGGACAGCUCAGAGGAAGGCCCAAACAGUGAUGGCCUCCGUUAAAAAAGACAACAGACUGACGAGGUCUCAAAGCUUUAUGUGCGUCGGUUUCGCCGGAUUUUUCAGUAAAACCGUCACGUCGCCUUUGGAGGUGGUUAAAAUUAAAAGUCAAGUGGGCACUUUUCAUUCUAAGAGGGGCUUCUUGCAAAGUUUUAUUUUGAUCUACCAGAAUGAGGGACUUCGAGGAUUUUGGAAAGGAAAUCUCGCCUCUUGUCUCCGGUUGUUCCCCUACACUGCAGUUCAUCUCACAACGUACAAAAGGAUAGUCCACCUUCACAUGGAUGAGGUGGGCUUCAUCUCACAAUGGAGAGCCAUAUUGGCUGGUGGACUGGCUGGCGUCACUGCCGCCCUGGUCACGUACCCUCUGGAGGUGGCAGAAACCAGGCUCAUCGUUCAGAACUGCAGGCAGCCCACAUACACCGGCGUAGUUCACACUCUGUCAAAGAUCUACGGGAGUGAAGGGCUGCUCGCUCUCUACAGGGGCUUUUCCCUCACUUUGUUGGGUGCUUUUCCCUUUUCUGUUGGGUGCUAUGUGGUCCACAUGAACUUGGACAAGCUCUGGCAGGAGCCUCCUUUUCGCUUCAGUCCCCUCCAGAACUUCAUUAAUGGCUGCCUGGCGGCAGGCGUUGCCCAGACUCUCUCCUACCCUUUUGAAACCGUAAAGCGGAAGAUGCAGGCGCAGAGUGCCCGUCUCCCCCACUGUGGUGGAGUCGACGUCCAUUUCAGUGGAAUGAUCGAUUGUUUCAUGCAGGUUGUUAGAAACAAGGGCGUCCUCUCAUUGUGGAACGGCCUCACUGCCAACACAGUCAAGAUUAUUCCAUACUUUGGCCUUCUUGUCAUGUGCUGUGAGAUGUGUAAGCAGAUUUGCCUUUACCGCAACGGUUACAUCGUCUCGCCCCUGAGCUACAAACUUGCACCGGGAGUCGACCAGAGCCUCGGGCCGUACGAGCUGGAAGAGGUGAAGCGCUACUUGAGAAACAGGAACUUUGGGUCAGGGGAAUCGUCUUUGGGAAACCGCUGGUGACAUGAGAAGAUGUCGUGUGGAAAAGUAUUGACUGCUGACCUCACUUGACCAGCAAAAUGAGUUAUUCAGAGGCUUUUGUGCGUGUAAUAAUUACGUAACAUUUUGUUUCAGGCUUCAUAUUAGGUAUAAACUUGCAUUCACACAGUCCUGUUAGCAAAGGUCUACCUCUUGCAGAGUAUCGUUAUUUUAUCGACCAGUAUUGUUUGUUGGAUUGUUUGGAUUUUAUUUUCUCUCACAAUGUAAUGUAUUUCCAUUAUUGUUUUUUUCUUUACUGUGUGCCUUGAGUGUUAACUAUUUAUUUUGAGGCUCAUUUCCGUCACUGUGUCAUUGACAGCAAAUAGUGCCAUAAUUUAUUCUUAUAGGUUGCAAAUGCUCUUUUACUCUCUUUCAGCGAUAGAUUGUGUUUUUAGUGUACAGUGAAUGGAACAUUUUAAUGUUUUAUAAGUUUCAGUCGGUUAUGCGCAAUCAUGCACAAGUGCUAACAUGGCGUGUGAUGUGUGAAAUGUGCUUACAAAUGACAUAAAAUGACACAUAUUCCAGGACUUUGUAAGUCAAACUCAGUGAAAUGAUUUCAGUGAAAUUGUUAUGCUGUCAACUUCUAAACUACUUCUGAAAAGAAAAAAAAAAACACAUUUGUUUGUAAGAAACAUGUCCAGGUUUGGAA